AUGCUCUUCAUAUCGACAGCGGUGACGAUCGCGCUGGGCGCGAUCUGUGCCCGCAUCGUCUAUCUCUGCUACUUCCAUCCGCUGGCCCGCUACCCGGGUCCUUUUCUCGCCCGCUUCACGAACCUCUGGAGACUGUUUAGCUUCCUAAGCGGACAGCAUCAUAUCGAUGAGCAGAAGCUUCACGGACGAUAUGGCCACGUCGUCCGCGUGGCGCCGAACUGGCUGUCCUUCUCCGACUUGGCCGAUUUCGAGGCCAUCUACGGGUUCAACAAAUCCGUUGAAAAGGGCACCUUCUACGAUUUCGGCCGCAACCGUGCCAAAGGGAGUGAGAGCAUCUUCAGCGCAAAGACCGAUGCGGACCAUCGAGAGAAGAGAAGAAAGGUCUUUGGGCCCGCUCUGUCGAAUGCGAAGAUCGUGGGAUAUGACCCCGUGAUCACGAAGAAUGCGGGUGUCUUCCUGUCACGGCUGGAGCUGCUGCUGCAGAAUAAUAAUAAUAACGAUAAUAGCGCUAGUGAUAGGCCGAUCAAUAUCGCCGGCCUGGUACAUCGCUACACGAUUGAUACCAUGUUCGAGGUCCUGUAUGGACCAACCGUCUGUCCACAACCGUACACCGAUGCUCCAACAACCCGGGACAUUCCCAACUCCUUGCGGGUUGUGACCAAGAUGGCGUGGUGCUGCUCGCUUCUUCCCUUCUUUGGCUGGUUGAUGAGCAGUCGUCCCAUGGGCGCGUUGACGAGGAGACCAACGCGGAACAAGCAGGGUGAAUUGACGAAUAUGUCUGCCCUUGCCGCGGCGAGUCAAUCGUUGAUAUUUUCCCAUCGAGAGCAGCUGACACUAUCCAAACAGCCCAGCAUCGUGAAGAACUGGGCUGAACUCCCUGCCGAUGACAGCAGGAAGAUGAGUCCGAGUGAGAUCUGGGUUGAGGCCUUCAACCUCGUCCUCGCCGGGCCGGGGAGCACCGCCGCGGCGCUGACGGCAGUCCUGUUCAUGUUGGGGUUGCCCGAGGGCCGGGAGUGGCAGGAGAAGAUCCGCCUGGAAGCACAAGGCCAGGAGGUGAAGGCGGCAUCGGUGUCGUCGUUUCCGGUGCUUUUUGCCGUCAUCAAAGAGACCCUCCGUCUGCACCCUCCGUUCCCAACCGCUUUUCCGCGCACAAUUACACAGGGUGCCGAGGGCGCGAUCCCGAACUUGCCGGCUGCGCUGCCGGCCGGGACAGUCGUGUCGGCGAACACAUUCGUGCUUGGGCGGUCGAAGCAGAUCUGGGGCGAGGAUGUGGAUGAGUGGAAGCCCCAGCGGUGGCUGCUCGAAAGCGAGCAGAAGAGGCAGGAGAUGGAAGACAAAUUCGUAGUGUUCAGCAAGGGGUCCCGGCAAUGCGUGGGGCGAGAACUGGCGCUGCUGACUCUGGCCAAAGCGGUGGUCAGCGUGACCACGCGGUGGGAGUUGCGCAGUGUCGGGAAGCUGAAGGGCAACAGUUAUCUGGAGAUGGCAUACGACGAGUGCUGGGUGACUUUCAAGGAGUUGCAUUGA